AUGGCGCUAUUUGUGUGUGUAUUUUUAUGCGCGUGCGCCGGUACCCUGGGCUUCAAUGUGGACAUCCCUUCCAGGGUGGUUUACAGGGGAAACUAUCAAUCGAUGUUCGGAUUCACUGUCCAGGCUCAUGUUGACGGUAGCAGAAAAAUGAUCCUGGUGGGUGCUCCGGAGGACGAGCCGUACCGGGUCAAUGGGGUCACGAGACCGGGGGCGGUCUACCGGUGCGAGCCAGGCCGCCGGCAGACGCAGCCCUCGCUCGACAUGUGCUCCGUCAUGGACUUCGACAAGAACAGAGGCAAUAACGUGGACACUCAGCAGAGGCAAAUCGACCAGAAGUCGAACCAGUGGUUCGGAGCUACACUUACCAGCACAGGGCGUAACGGGCCCAUUGUGGCGUGCGCACCUCGGUACGUGUCCUUCGUGUCCGCGAAGCUGAACCAACGCGACCCUGUGGGCUCCUGCUUCGUCGCGAAGACCCCGGACGCCGUCGACGUCAACGAAUACUCGCCCUGUCGAAAUUGGUACCGCUCGCUGGAUGAGGCUAGCCACGGACAAAGGAAAACCGGUGUCUGUCAGGCUGGGUUCUCGGCGGCCCUAUCAAAGGAUGGAGAGAGACUCUUUAUGGGAGCACCGGGCAGCUUUUACUGGCAAGGACGAACGUUAUCCAUAGACACUAGCGCAAGGUUCAACUACUAUAUGCCGAAGGAAGGUCAAUUGAAAGUUCAAACGAUAAAUGGGAAAAGAAGUCUCAUCUCUACACCGGAGGCCAGUCCCAAAUAUGAUGACUCUUACAUGGGCUACUCGGUUACCGUGGGAGAUUUUGCUGAUCAGGGGGAACAAGGAGUUGCUGUUGGUGUACCUAGGGGAGCAGACCUUAAAGGAUUGGUUGUCUUAUACACUUGGGAUUUGAUGAACAUCAAGAAUAUCACUGGCUCGCAAAUCGGUGCCUACUUCGGGUACAGUCUCGCCUCCGGCGAUAUUGACGGUGACGGUACUGAUGACGUCAUCGUUGGCGCUCCCAUGUUCACCAAGCCCAAAAGCAAUGGGUUCGAGCACGGCAGGAUUUAUGUCAUCUAUCAAGGGAAGGACAGGUCUUUCUCGAAGAACCAUGCACGUACCGGGGAAGUCUCUAGGGGAAGGUUUGGUCUGGCUGUCACUUCACUUGGAGACAUCAACUACGACGGGUUUGGUGAUAUAGCGGUGGGCGCACCGUACGGUGGGGAGAACGGGAAGGGAGUCGUGUACAUAUACCACGGCGGCGAGAACGGCGUCGCCGAGAAGUACUCGCAGGCCAUCACCGCCGAGGAGAUCAGCCCCACGCUGACCACUUUCGGCUUCUCCCUCUCUGGCGGGGUCGACUUGGACGACAACCACUACACAGACCUGGCUGUGGGCGCUUACAAGUCCGACAGCGUUGUGUUCCUCAAAUCCCGGCCAGUGGUGAAGGUCAUGGCGGCGGUGAAGUUCGCGGAGGCUUCUAAGCUGAUCUCCAUGUCGGAGAAGAACUGCCGCCUGACCAACGGCACGGAGGUCGCCUGCGCUCACCUCAUGUAUUGCCUGUCUUACAAUGGAAUUAAUGUCGACCAGCAAAUAGAUUUCGAAGUGACCAUCGAAUUGGACUCCCGCCAGAAGGCCAGCAAGCGCAUGUUCGUGUUCGACACUAGACAGACAGUCUACAAGACGCAUAUACUGCUGACCCAGGGACAGGAGGAGUGCCGGGAGAUGGUUGUUUAUCUCGAUGAGGAGAUCCGUGACAAGCUAAGCCCGAUCGAGGUCAAAAUGAGCUACGAGCUUAUCACCCAGCCGUCUGGAGACGUGGUGCCACCCGUGCUCGACCAGACCAAGAGCAUCGUGCACACGGACUCCCUCAACAUACAGAAGAAUUGCGGCCCAGACAACGUCUGCAUACCCGACUUGAGUAUGGCCGUCACUACGCCAACGUCGAAUUACGUGCUAGGCUCCGGUGAGAACUUGAACAUCGACGUGAAGAUCCACAACUACGCGGAGGACGCGUACGAGGCGGCGUACUUCCUCCAGAUCCCGGCCGGCGUCAACUACACCAAGAUGGAGCGGCUGGACAGGGACAAUACGGACGCACCGCCCAUCUACUGCUCCGUCAAGAAUAAAGGCAGCGGGGGGAACAGCACGCUCAAAUGCGAUUUGGGGAACCCCAUGGCCAGUGACCAGAAGGUGAAUUUCCGCGUGGUUUUGGAGGUGGACUCCCAAGUUACCAAUUUGAUAUUCGAUAUGGAGGUUAACUCGACAAACCCAGAGCCUCAGUCGUCCAUCAAGGAUAACAAAAUGCAUUUAUCAAUAGGUGUUAUUAUCAAGGCCGAACUCUCCAUUAUCGGAACGUCUGACCCACCGGAGAUCCAUUACAACGCGUCUCUGUACGAGACACAGAACCUCAAAAACGAUUCGGGUCUCGGGCCACAGAUUAUACACAAGUACAACAUCAAGAACGAAGGCCCAUUUGCAGUGGACGAGGCUGAGAUCUACAUAAUGUGGCCUUAUCAAACACUUACUGGAGAGAACCUGAUGUACAUGGUGGUCCAGCCGCAGUGGGUGGGCGACAUGGUCUGCGACGUCGCACGCCACGUCAACCCCGACAAGUUGUUCAUACCGAACGAAUACAGCUUCAUGCUGGCCAAAGAGAAGGAGGAAAUGUUUAGCAGCGGCAUGUAUACCGCUGAACAACUUUCUCGUGGCAGUGGAUACUAUGGACAACAGUCCUGGGAGCAGACCUUUAUCAACGGAAAUAUGUACUCUCAAGGCGGACAAGUAUCAGGUAACCAGUUUAGCGGAGGACAAGUUUCCAACGGCCAAACAGGCGCCGGCCGUGUUUCUAACAGUCAAUACGGGGGCGGUCAGGUUUAUGAUUCUCAAUACGGCACUGGGCAUGUUUCCACCAGCCAGUACGGAGGCGGACAAUCUUCUGGCAGUCAGUUCGUGACAAGUCGAGGCGGUGGCAGGCAACUAAACAACGGUGCCGUAGGGAGGGGCGGUGUUAAUGGGGGCACUUACGUUUACAAUAAGACGUGGAAUAGUAGCGAUAGCUUCGGAGAGGACCUCACAGCUGAACAGCAGGAGCAGAUCCGCAAAGCCUUAUUGGCUGCUGCUAGAGACCCACAUUACCAAGGAUCGGUAGAGAGAAAGUUCUCCCAAGGCAGUUACAACCAAAAUGGGAACGUUCAGGGUCAAACCCAGAAUAGUCAAAGUACAUAUGGACAAGGGGGCCAAGAACACAUACAAGGUGGCCAAGUAAAUAUACAGGGUGGUCAAGGAACUUAUGUUCAAGGAAGUCGGUCUCAAGGAGGUUAUAUCCAAAAUCAAGGUGGGAGUUUAGAGGGAAGACAACAAAGCGGGUAUGGAACCCACGGUUUCGUUCAAGGAGGCCAUGGUGCGGUGGAAAACGCUGGAGCAUACGGACAAGGCGGCCAGGUUGUCAGAGUUAGGAACAAGACCAUCCUCUACGAUGAAAACCAUAACGUAAUUUCUCAGACGGAAACUAGUACAGAAUACGGAUCCUUGGGCCAUGAAGGGGAAGCUGGCAGUUCUUUUAAUACUUACGUGAACAGUCAAGCGGGCAGCCAGGACCGAGGUUCCGGGCAGGCGUUCGUCCACGGCUCAUGGGCGACCACCGAGACGGUCAACUCCGACAUCAUGAAGGCCGGCUCCAGCAGAUUCAGAGGCGAGUCCAGCGUCACCGUCGUCGGAGACGAGGACGAGGACGAAAUAGGCGGCUUCGGCGCCUAUGCAGCGAGGAAUCCCAACAACGAGUUUAAAUUCGGCAUCGCCGAUGUCUCUGGAAGCCAGGGCGGACAAAGAUCGUCAGGCGGCGCCCAAGGUUUUUCGAACAGCGGUGGCUAUCAGUCCAGCUACGGCGGACAAAAUGCCCAACAGGGGGGAGCAGCUGGUUUCCAGGGAGGAAGUUACCGGAGCGGAGGCGCUUUUGAGAGCGGCGGCGGCAGCAGUUAUUCAUACUCAUCAAGAUCUGGUGGUCAAAGAAGUUACAGCUCGCAAAGUGGCGGCAGCUUUGGUUCUUCAUCAGAACAACGCCAUGAGAGUACGAGGCGCCGACGUCAAGAUCAGGUUGAUUUACAACUAAAGGAAAUAUUGCAAAAGUGCGAAGAAAAGUACAAGUGCGAAGUGGUCCGAUGUAGGACGGGCAGACUGACCAAGGGGCAGGAGGUGUGGGUUGCUUUGAGAUCAAGAAUUAACGCUUCCGUUUUGAACGAGAUAUCGCAGGAGCGUGCCGUGGUGCUGUCGACGCUGGCGGCGGCGCGCGUCUCGCGCCUGGGGGUGGCGGGGGCGGGGGCGGGGGCGGCGCGGGGGGAGGGCUGGCGCACGGCCGAGGCGCGCACCUCCCUCGCCCCCCAGCUGCAGGCGCUCGACAGCGGCUCCAUACCGCUCUGGGUCAUCAUCCUGGCCGCGGUGGUGGGGGCGCUGCUUCUUCUACUGCUCAUCUUUGCGCUCUACAAGUGCGGCUUCUUCAAGCGCAACCGGCCCUCCGACCACGCCGAGCGGCAGCCGCUGAACGGGCGCGACGAGCAUCUU